GGAGCGUCUGUUCUUGAGCUUCUCCAGACUGCAAAAUGACUGUCAAGAACAGUGCUGGAGGUCGAAGCAGUGUUCAUCUGGAUAUUCCUCAGCUUCAGAAGAAAAAUGAAAUCAUUUCACCCACCACAAUCUUCGAGCCGCAAACUAAUGCCGAUGGGAGAGAUGGAAGCAGCGGAAACUCUGUUUCCCCCACAUCACCGGCUGUUCCAGCCCCCGAGAAAAAGCUGACUCUCUUUGCUCUCCGCCUUGCGAUUCUCGAAAAAGCUGCCACUGGCCUUGGAGCCCUUGGUUUCAUAUGGGCGACGGUUGUUCUCCUGGGGGGCUUUGCCAUUACCUUGGAGAACACUGAUUUCUGGUUCAUCACCAUCAUUUUAUUGAUUGAAGGAGCUCGAAUAUUCAGCAGGAGUCAUGAGCUGGAAUGGCAACACCAGUCCACUUGUUCAAUAGCUGAUGUUGGAAUUAGCAGCUUCCGAAAGCUCAGAUUGAGCUCUAGAGCUUUAGUUGAAUCCGUGAAGGAUAUAUUGAGUCCCGUGAGCUCUGGAACGAGGAAGCAAAGUCAACACAGAAGGGAAAUUUCUGAAACUACAGAUGCAAAAGAUGUCAGAGAGCAGAAAUUGCAAAGGAAGCCAACCCGGAUAUGGACUUCUUCCGAAGUCCCUAUUCUACCUUAUGGAGGGUGGUUUUUCAUUUCGAGAAAUAUCAGCAAGAUUCUCUAUUGGCUUCAGCUCUUAUCUGCGAUAGCCUGUGUCGUGCUCUCAUUGAUGAAGCUCAUCGAGCACAAUUAUGGUGAGGUAGCUAAAGGAGACACGGACAAGAGAAACCGGAAAGCUGCUCUAAUUAUCUUUUAUGCCUUGGCUUUGGCAGAAGCUCUGGUCUUCCUAACAGAGAAACUUUACUGGGAGUGGAAGAUAGUCAUCCGUAAGCUUCUCGAAGGGGUGAACAAUGAAUGCGAUCUGGGGGCUUCAGGUAUGAUCUCAACUAGGAGAUUUUUCUAUGACUCCUACUCGAGAUGUAUUAAUGGGAGCAUUUUUGAUGGCCUGGGAAUGGAUAUGGUCACUUUUGCCAUGGAUCUCUUAUCUUCAAACUUGCCAGAUGAGCAGCUCAUGGGAGCCAGGAUUCUUCACCAGUUUUCUACAACAGAACGGUUUUCAGACGACACACUUCAGAAGAUGGGAACAACUCUGCCAGUUAUAGACAGACUGGUAGAGAUCUUAAACUGGAAAGACCCACAGGAGGAAGAAAUCAGGCUAUCAGCUGCAGAAAUAGUUUCCAAAUUAGCCGGGAGAAAGCAAAACUCUCUUCGGGUCGCUGGAGUACCCGGGGCAAUGGAAUCGAUAUCAUCUCUUCUACAGACAAACAGAAGCCCCAGUUCUACAGCGGACGAAAUUGGCGAAAAGAAAAUCAUCUUUGACCAUGAAGCCUAUGGAUACUGGACUUUCAAUAGUUUGGGGCUACUCAUUCUAAAGAAACUAGCCCGUGAUCACGAUAACUGCGGAAAAAUUGGAAACACAAGGGGCCUUCUGUCCAAAAUCAUAGAUUUCACUCAUGCUGAUGAAAGAAUAUUAAAGGACUCAACAGUCACCACAUCACAGGUUUUGACUGUUAAAAGAUCCCUACAGAUUAUUAAGAUGCUGGCAAGCACAAUGGGUACUACAGGGAAAAAUCUCCGGAGAGAGAUCUCGGAGAUAGUCUUCACCAUAAGCAACAUAAGAGAGAUUCUACGAUAUGGAGAGAAAAAACCGGAACUUCAGAAACUAGGGAUUGAGAUCCUUACCAGUUUAGCACAGGACGACGAUGCAACAGAGCGAAUAGGAGGGACCGGUGGAGUUCUGAAAGAACUUUUAAAGAUUUUCUUCCAAGAAGGAGUGCCAGAAGAUCAAAGGGAUGUGAGGAUUGUGGCAGGAGAAGCCCUGGCAAUGCUGGCUUUCGAGAGCAAGAGCAACUGUCAUUGCAUCUUGAAGUUAAAUGUAGUGGAGAGGCUCCUAGAAGCAUUGGAGACAGAACUUCUUCGUGUUAAUGCUGGAAGAAUUUUGAGGAAUCUGUGCACUUAUAGUGGGCCAGAGUCCUUCAACCAGCUAAAGGGAGUAACAGCAGCGGCACCAGUGGUUCUCAAGGCAAUCUUGUCAGGAGAAGGCAAACUACAAGAGGUGAUGGUUGGGUUAGCGGCACAUGCUUUCAAGUUCAUGACAGCAGAAGAAUCGACUGCCAUCUUCGAGAGUGCAGGGUUUAAAGAAGCCAAAUUAGCUUGCACUUUGGUUGACAUCCUGAGGAGGCACCGGAGCCCAAGUAUAAAGGUGCCGAGAAUGAGAAGAUUUGCUAUCGAGCUGGCAAUCUGGAUGAUGAGAGACAAAUUGAGGAAUGUGCAGAUCUUCAGGGAUCUGGGCUUGGAGGAGGAGCUUGAAGGAGUCCUGGAUACGACAUCAGAGCUAGAGAGCUUCAAUAUUUUCUCUGGCACCAUUGGACUAAGCAGGCACAGCACGACCAUUCACUCACUUGUUGAGACCGCACUUAUGCUGCUGAAGAACAGGUUUGAUCAACCAGCGGGUUAAAUGAUCAAAUGAUGAUGCCAAA